AUGUCUCUCUCUCCCUGCCGGGCCCGGAGGGGCUUCAGUGCUCGCUCAGCCUGUUCUGCCCAAUCAGUGGGCCGAAGCAGGGCUGGCUUCAGCAGCAGGAGCCUCAGUUCCUUUCGGGGGUGCCAAGGAGGCUCUCGUGGAAGGACCUGGGGUUCGUGGGGAAGGCUAGGGGUGCGGCUUGGGGAGGGGACUGGUGGGCCUGGGCUUUCCCUGUGCCCUCCGGGAGGCAUCCAGCAAGUGACCAUCAACCAGAGUCUUCUGACCCCACCGAAGAUUGAGAUCGACCCCCAGUUCCAGGUGGUUCGGACUCAGGAGACCCAACAGAUCAGAGUCCUCAACAACCAGUUUGCUUCUUUCAUUGACAAGGUGAGGUUCCUGGAGCAGCAGAACAAGGUCCUGAAAACCAAGUGGCACUUGCUGCAGCAGCAGGGGUUGAGUGACAGACCCCAGGGCCUGGAGUCUUUCUUCGAGGCCUAUCUGGUCCAGCUCAAGACACAGCUGGAGCGGCUGCAGAGGGAACGAGGGCCUCUGGACGCCGAGCUGAAGUCCUGCCAGGGCCAGGAGGAGGAGUAUAAAGCUAAGUAUAAGCUUGAGGCCCAUAAGCGUGCCACACUGGAGAAUGACUUUGUGGUCCUCAAAAAGGAUGCAGACGGGGUUCUCCUGAGCAAGAUGGAGAUGGAAAGCAAGGUGGAGGAUCUGAAAGAGUACAUCUGCUUCCUGAAGCAUCUCUAUGAAAAAGAGCUGGGCCAGCUGCAGACCCAGGCCAGUGACAUAUCCGUGGUGUUGUCCAUGGACAACAACCGCUGCCUGGACUUCAGAGACAUCAUCGCCGAGGUCCGAGCCCGGUAUGAGGAGAUCACCCGGACCAGCAAAGCCGAAGCCGAGCUGCUGUACCAGACCAAGUACCGGGAGCUUCAGGCCUGUGCCCAGCUUCACGGGAACAGCAUGAAGGAAACCAAAGUCCAGAUCACUCAGCUGCAGCAGACAAUUAAGAAGCUGCAGAGUCAGAUUGAGAACGUCAAGAAUCAGAACACCAGCCUGCAGGUCGCCAUUGCUGAUGCUGAGCAGCGUGGGGACCUGGCCCUCAAGGAUGCUCAGACCAAGCUGGCCGAGCUGGAGGCCGCCCUGAGAACUGCCAAGCAGGACAUCGCGCGGCUGCUGCGUGACUACCAGGAGCUGAUGAGCGUGAAGCUGUCCCUGGAUGUGGAGAUUGCCACCUACUGCCAGCUACUGGAGGGCGAGGAGUGCAGGAUGUCUGGGGAAUGCGCCAGCCAGGUGACUGUCUCUGUUGGGGGAGGCAGCACCGUCGUGUCUGGAGAAGCAGAUGGUGGCCUGGUGGGCACUUGUGGACUUGGAGGCGGGAAAGGCAGCUUUGGGUCUAGUUGCUCCAGCGUCGUGAAGGGAGGCUCCAGCAUCGUGAAGGGAGGCUCCAGCAUCGUGAAGGGAGGCUCCAGCACCGUGAAGGGAGGCUCCAGCAUUGUGACCGGUGGCUCCAGCAUCAUCCUGGGCUCUGGGCAGGGCCCUGUUGUGGGCUCUAGCUCUGUGUCUGGCUCUUCCUCUUGCUCCACCAGCCACACUAUCCUGAAGAAGACGGUUGAGUCAAGUCUGAAAACGUCUGUCACAUAUUGA